AUGCAAGCCGACGUCGAUGACAAUGAACGGCGUCCCACCCACUCGAGAAGCAAGCCCAGCCAAGAGGAGGUACUGGAGCCCCCGAUGUUCGGCAUCGCUACGCAGGCGGUCUACGCAGGAGUGAUCGGAAGCUUCCUCUACGGCUACAUGCUGUGCUACCUGAACUCCUGCAUGGACUUCAUCACACUGACUUUCGAAUGGUGCAAGAGCGCUGUCAUCUCGGACUGCCUAGCAAGCCGCAUUAAUUCAGGCCUCAUCAAUGCAGUACUGUACCUUGGAGCUGCUGCUGGGGCUUUGCUACUUGGUCGGCCGUUCAUGGCGGACCACAGUUCCCGGCAGCAGCUGAUCAUCUCCGACUUGUUCUUCAUAUUUGGUGGCUUGGCCGGCGCGUUCGCUACCGGAAUCAAGUGCCUGCUGGUGUCCCGCAUGCUUUCCGGCAUCGCCCUGGGAAUCUCGGCCAUUGCAGCUCCAGUGUACAUUGCGGAGGUCUCUCCUGUUGAGUAUCGCGGCUUGCAUGCCGCCAAACACGGGUUGUACAUUGCUGUGGGACUUCUCUUCGCAGAGCUGAUCGGACUGCCCCAAGAUCCUCCUGGCAACGGCUUGACAGAAACCAACAGCUGGUUCUGGCGGGUCAUCCUGGGACUGCCUAUGCUGGCUGCAGGGCUUCAGUAUACUCUUAUGAAGUUCGACCUCCCCAUCGACCCGGCAUUGUAUCUGGUGCGUCAGGGCCAAAUGGAAGAAGCCAGGAUGAUGCUGUACAAAACCUAUGGACUGGCAGCGCCGGAGACGCCUCUUGCCGACAGCGAGUACUGCUUGACGGGCUCUUUUGUCCGGGUAGCAAAGCUCGAGCUGAAGUUGAAGGACCUCGCUGCGCCAUGGCCAGAAGAAGCAGUCAGUGCUGCCGUGAGACCAGUUGGCGGUCAGAUCAGGCCACAGAACACUUUAGGCUUGAUUGCUUCGAUCUAUCCGGGAACCUUCUUCAUUCGCAGUUUCGAAGCCAAGCGUGAUGACAGCAAGGUCGUUGCCGCAGAGGCCCAGGGUGCCAGACGCAUCACUGUCAUUCAGGCGCACAAUCUGCAAGCGAGGCUCACAGGAAUCAAUGCACUGAUGGCAUACUCGAAUGGCCUCUUUGCCCAAGCUGGAAUCCCCAACAGCGACUUGACGCUGGCAUCGGUUGGGAUGUGCAUCGCCAACGUUCUGGUCUCUGUUUGGAGCACCCACCUCGUGGACAACAUGGGCCGCCGGUCCUUGCUGCUUUACGGCUGCAUGACUCAAAGCGCAGCCAUGGCUCCCUGGCUUGGAACAAUAAUCAGGAUGCCCCUGGUGGUCCAAGGCCUCAGCGCGUUCAUCUUCUUUAGUUUCUUCGUGGUCUCGUGGAACUUCGGGCUUGGAGCCAUCACGUGGCUGUGGCUCUCGGAGAUUUACCCCAUGGAAAUCCGAGGACCUGCCCUCUCAGCAUGCGGUGUCAUCAAGUGGCUGAGUUGUUUCUUUGUUGUGCUCAUCGCUCGAACCUGCACUACUCGUGCAUCCUCUUUGGCUGCGGUUCGAUGGACACUGGUUGGAUGCACUUGCAUAGCCCUUCGGCCUCGAUUGCAACAUCGUCGGAGCUACAUGCAGGUCCGGCAAUCAAAGGAGACAGAAGAAGAACGGCUUCGACUCGACAAAGAAGCUCGCGAGGGCAUGCAAGAGUACAUGAAGCUCAUACAGGAGCUUGCGGAAAAUGGGAACAUCCGUGCCCAGAAGACGGCAUGGAAGUGGGACAUACGACAGCGUGUGUGGAACUACUUGGAAGACAACGAUUUGGCCGAUUUCCCGCGACCCGUCCACCAUCGCAUCCCCAACUUCCAGGGCUCCGCCCGUGCUGGGGAGCGGCUGGCAGAGCUCCCGGAGUUCUUGGACGCGAAGGUCGUGAAGGUGAACCCUGACACCCCGCAGAAGUCGGUUCGCGUGGCGGCUCUGCGCGCCCGCAAGAUCCUUUACGUGCCUCAGCCACGUCUUCGGACAGGCUUCUUCUCCCGUAUCGAACCUGGCACCGUCCCACCCGAAAAGUACAAUUUCGCAGCCACAGCGCGCGGUAUGAAGCAGCUCGCCGACCCCAUGGACUUGGAUGAUAACACAAAGAUCGACGUUGUUGUCGUGGGCUCGUCUGCCGUGCAUCCUGAAACUGGGAUUCGCGUUGGCAAGGGCGAAGGCUUCGCAGAGCUGGAGUACGGCAUGAUGCGACAGCUGGGCAUGAUUGAUGAGAAUACGCCCAUCAUCACCACUGUGCAUGACAGUCAAGUUAUCAGUGACGAUUUCCCACCGAAGGGUAAAGGCAUGAUGAAGCAUGAUGUUCCCGUGGACAUUAUUGUCACGCCUACGCGAACGAUUUACGUGAACAAGGAGAAGCAGCCUGCCAAGCCAAAAGGAAUCUACUGGGAUCUGCUGUCUCGAGAGAAGCUGGCAACAAUUCGAGUUCUUCAGGACUUGAAGGCUAGAAUCGAGAGCCAGACAGGCAUAGAGCUUGAGCUGGCAGAGCAAGAGGAGGCGCUGCCUCCGCUGGCCAAGCGUGGGCCACAAAGAGGCCAAGGAAAGAGGAAGCCUCAGAGGAAGCCUGAGAGGAAGGAGAUCCCAGAAGCCACCCAAAUUUCUGGGGUCAAGGGUCGGCUCCGCAGACCUGAAUAG